AGUUUUUAUCAGGGGAGGAGGGGUAGUGUUUGUAUCCAAGAUGGCGGCAUUGUUGUCGUUUGGUUUCUGUUGUCAUUGAAAAGACUAAGGAGGGAUUAUGACAUCGAGGAAAUGGCCUAGUACACAGGUUAACCAGGAUGUUGUAGAUAUAGCAAGAGGGCUAUAUGAGUCAAGAGUUAUUGUAAGAAGACCCCCAUCUGCUGCUCAGCGUGAUGCCUACAGAACAUCUUACAGAGGCCCUCCAAAGGUUCCCAACGAAAGGAAAGCUCGACCAUUCAGUGCGAAAGCUCGAAUAUCCACUGAAAAGGUUGACAUUCAGACAGCAGAAUCACCAUCCCGCCCACCAUGGCGUCCCUUUUCUGGUCAGGCUUCUCUCAGUAGAGUAUCAGCUCCAAGCAAAGAGACAAUAUUUACUGCUCAUUGCACAGAGGAAAAGAAUAAUAUUGAGGAAUUCACAGUACCAGAUGUGUAUAAGAACAGGACUUUACCAGAGAGCCUGUCUCCACUAAAAAAAUGGUUGACAGAUGCAGAGGACAUUCCUAUUACAUGGUCCCAGGCGUACUCUCCCGACUCCAACUUUGUCUUCCUACCGUGCUUGAAAAUAAUGGAUAAGGAUGUUGACAAUCUUGCCCCUGUACCUCCCCCGCAGGACUCUAUGGCGCCAUUACCAUUCACUCCAGUAAUUACGCCUCCUAAAUACAAGCCGCCAAAGCCAAACAUUAGAACAUUUUCUCAGGAUGAUUCUUCCAAGCUAGCUUUAAAGCAUAGAACUCUUGAUGAGGAAACUGCCUCACCAAACCAACUUAGGAUGUACACCAAGAAUGGCCAGUUACUCCAUGAUAUUUACCAUGGUAAGCCAACUGCAGAGAUUAUUCGUAAGGAGAUUGAAGACCUUGAGAGACUUCUUCAAGGUAUUGGAAACCCUAAAGGUAGUUCUAUAGUUGUGCGGUACCAGCAUGAUAUAAAUCAUCUGAGAGACAUGGUCAAGUCAACGUUGGAGGGAUACACAUUUCCCGAGGAGGCAAGGGUAUUCAACCCAGUUGCUGCUGCACUUCAGGAGGACCUUGUCAACUACCCUGACAGAAUUGAUGAAAUUCUUGACUCAAUCAAGAAGAGAAGAGAUGAAUGUGUCAAAGAAUUGGCUUUACUUGAAAAAGAUAUCUUACAGCGCAAAAGAUAACAGUCACAGAGAACUGUAGUUCUUGAUACUAUUUAUUUGAAAUUGUAUAUAAAAUAAGUAAUAUAUUUUUGAAUAAAAAGUGUUAAAUGUGCAUAGAAGUUCAAAGCUUUGCACAGUAUUGCAA